AUGUCCGAUACCGAUCAGGAAUGGAAGCCCAGUGGCCGACCUCAGUCGACCAUGGCGCAGGCCUUCUCCACGGCGCUGGAUAGCGCCUUCAUGUUAGAUUCGGAUGUCAACAACCUGUCGUUGAGCAUCGAUCAAAAGAAGCAGCAGAUGAUGAUCCAGAGUCGCGAGCUGGAAGCUCUGCAGGAGCGCAUCCGUGAGACCGAGUCGCGUCUUAAGAAGAACCGGCAGUCGGUCUCUAUCGGAGCCAACCCAUCAUUCCAAGGCGAACGGGGGCAAGCAAGCCGAUCAGCCGCGCCCCAGGGAGAAUCCGCCGACAACCAGCAGAAGGGAAAUGAGCCGUAA